GAUGGAAGAUUUCAAGAAUUUCUCUGAUCUUGAUUGAAGUUAUAAAAAAGAUUCAAGAAAAGAGAUGAUCAUGGAAGAUGGAGAUUGUGAUUGUGAUGGUUCAGACAUGAAUGAUCAUCAUGACCACUUGUGUUGCAGGAAACUUGAUCAAGAUGAUGAUCUUGACGGAAACAAGAUCACGAAAUCGAAUGAGAGCUCCGGGAAUAACAGCAUGGUGGAUCAAGUGGAUCAGAAGUUGGAAGCAUCUGGUAGAGUUAGGCAGUAUGUUAGAUCCAAGAUGCCUAGAUUGAGAUGGACUCCUGAGCUUCAUCUCAUCUUUGUUCGAGCUGUGGAACGACUUGGUGGUCAAGAAAGAGCUACUCCUAAACUAGUUCUACAACUGAUGAACAUGAAGGGUCUCAGCAUUGCUCAUGUGAAAAGCCACCUACAGAUGUAUCGAAGCAAGAAGAUCGACGAUCAGGGCCAAGUAAUAAAUGAGGGAGACUACUGUGCUGGGAGAAACAAUCAUCAUCUUAACAGUUUCUGGCAACUUCCCAUGUUCAAUCCAAGAUUAUUUAGGCCUGAUCCAAGGAACUACGAACCACACUUAAUAUCAAGGCCAUGGAGAAACAACACAAGUGCUACAAUGGCAGAUCAUCAUGGUUUGAUCAUUGGCAAUGGAGCUUACUGUACGAGCAAGAAAUUGAAGAACUCAUCAAUGGAGGAACAAAAUUACACGAUUGCCCAUCCUGAGUAUGAGGAUGAACAAGCAAGAUUGAUGCAAGAAUGGGUAGUCAAACAAGCCUUAAUAACCAACACUAGGUCAACUCUAGUAGGUCAUCAACCCAUAAAUAGUCAAAGAUUUGAUAACCCAAUUCAAACAAAGAAAAGGAAAGCAGCUGCAGACGUUAAUGGUGAUCUUGAUCUGAACCUAUCAUUAAGUAUGAAAGUUAUAAGACAAGAAGAGACAGCAGCAGACGAAGAAGAAACUGUAGAUAGCUCUUUAUCUCUUUCGUUAUUCCCUUCUUCUCCAAAGAAGGAAAAACCCGUUCGAGAUCCACAGGCACAAUCCAGAUUCAGCUGGUUAUUAGAAGACCACAAAGGUGCAAAGAAUCCAAGAUUGGCGAGUACUCUAGAUCUGACUAUAUGAAUUCACGAAUUCUAGUGAGAUGUUGUUGGUACUCGCUUAUUUAAUUUUUUUAGGGUUUGUAAUGAUAAUUAUUGAUGUUUGCCACAAGCAGAACUUAUGAGUAUAUUAGCUGGUUUUAAUUAAAUAUUGAGUUUCAUGAA